GGAAGUCUCGCCAGCUGGAGGCGGCUGGGGCUGGCGGCUCGGCGGUCUUCCCGGGCUCCCGGUGACGUCCCUGCGUCCUCCUCCUCGUCCUCUCCGGGGCUGGCGGCAGCCGGCCUCAGACGCCGCGGGCCCGGGGCGUGCGGCCGCUCACGAUUUUUUAUGACAUCUUAAACAUGAGCGCCACACAAUGGGAUUUCCCUGUGGAAUUAUGUUGUCGGCCUAUGGCUUUUGUCACACUUACGGGCUUAGAUGUGGUAUACAAUGCUGUCCAUCGAGCUGUCUGGGAUGCUUUUUGUGCCAAUCGGAGAGCUGAUCGGGUACCAAUUUCUUUCAAGGUGCUCCCAGGUGACCAUGAAUAUCCCAAAUGUAGACCAAAGAGGACAUCGUAUGAAUGGUACAUUCCUAAAGGGAUCUUAAAGACUGGCUGGAUGAAUAAGCAUCUGAAUCUGGUGCCAGCCCUAGUGGUUGUCUUCUAUGAAUUGGAUUGGGAUGAGCCUCAAUGGAAAGAAAAGCAGUCUGAAUGUGCAACCAGGGUGGAAAUUGUCAGGCAGAGUUUACAAGGAAGGAACACAAAGGUCGCAGUGGUUCUGAUUCAGAAGAAGACCCCUCUGCCACCAGGAGAAGAUGUGAUUGCUUCAGAAAGGGCAGCAGCUCUGUGCAAUGUGUGUGAACUCUCAGGGAAGUCCUUGUUCGUAUUGCCCCACACUGACCACCUCGUGGGGUAUAUUAUAAGGUUAGAGAAUGCCUUUUAUGAACAUGCACAGACUUAUUACUACACAGAGAUCAGAAGAGUGAAAUCCCAUAAGGAAUUUCUCAAUAAAACAACACACCAGCUUUUAUUUGUUAGACAUCAGUUCAAAAUAGCUUUCUUCAGUGAGUUGAAACAAGAUACACAAAAUGCUCUUAAGAAUUAUAGGACUGCCUAUAAUCUUGUACAUGAAUUGAGAGCACAUGAAACUAAUAUAAUGGAAAUUAAGACUAUGGCAGGAUUUAUAAACUACAAGAUCUGUAGGCUAUGUUUUCAACACAACACCCCACUGGAUGCAAUUGCUCAGUUUCGAAAACACAUCGACUUGUGUAAGAAAAAGAUUGGAAGUGCAGAGUUGUCUUUUGAGCAUGCUGCAUGGAUGUCUAAGCAAUUUCAGGCCUUUGGAGAUUUAUUUGAUGAAGCUAUUAAGUUAGGGUUAACAGCUAUUCAAACUCAGAAUCCUGGUUUCUAUUAUCAGCAGGCAGCAUAUUACGCUCAGGAGCGGAAACAGCAUGCAAAAACCCUCUGUAACCAUGAGGCGUCUGUAAUAUAUCCCAAUCCUGAUCCCUUAGAAACACAAACAGGCAUUCUUGACUUUUAUGGACAAAGGUCAUGGCGACAAGGAAUACUAAGUUUUGAUCUUUCUGAUCCUGAAAAAGAGAAGGCAGGAAUUCUUGCCAUUCAGUUAAAGGAGAAAAAUGUUGUUCACUCUGAGGUAAUAAUAACUCUUCUGAGCAAUGCUGUUGCACAAUUCAAAAAAUAUAAGUGUCCAAGAAUGAAAAGUCAUCUAAUGGUUCAAAUGGGAGAGGAAUAUUAUUAUGCAAAAGAUUAUACCAAAGCUUUGAAGUUGCUGGACUAUGUGAUGUGUGAUUACCGCAGUGAAGGAUGGUGGACUCUGCUCACAUCUAUACUGACUACAGCACUGAAGUGCUCCUACCUCAUGGCCCAGCUGAAGGAUUACAUUACGUAUUCCCUAGAACUCCUUGGCAGAGCUUCAACUCUUAAAGAUGAGCAGAAAUCUCGGAUAGAAAAGAACCUCAUAAAUGUCUUAAUGAAUGAAAGUCCUGAUCCUGAGCCUGACUGUGAUACCCUAGCUGUGAAGACUGCUCAGAAGCUGUGGGCAGACCGAGUUUCUCUGGCUGGCAGCAAUAUUUUUACAAUAUGUGUACAGGACUUUGUGCCAUUUGUACAAUGUAAAGCCAAGUUUCAUGCUCCAAGUUUUCAUGUUGAUGUUCCUGUUCAAUUUGAUGUUUAUCUAAAGGCUGAUUGUCCACACCCCAUUAGGUUUUCGAAGCUCUGUGUUAGCUUUAAUAAUCAGGAAUAUAACCAGUUCUGUGUAUUAGAAGAAGCAACCAAAGCAAGUGAAGUUUUAGAAAAUUUGACCCAAGGCAAGAUGUGCUUAGUUCCUGGUAAAACAAGAAAGUUGUUAUUUAAAUUUGUUGCAAAAACUGAAGAUGUUGGAAAGAAAAUUGAGAUUACUUCUGUGGAUCUGGUUCUGGGCAGUGAGACUGGUAGGUGUGUAGUUUUGAAUUGGCAAGGAGGGGGAGGAGAUGCUGCUUCCUCCCAGGAAGCACUGCUGGCUGCCCGAUCUUUCAAAAGAAGACCUAAGCUUCCAGACAAUGAGGUUCACUGGGACAGCAUCAUCAUCCAGGCAAGCACCAUGAUAAUUUCCAGAGUUCCAAACGUUUCUGUACAUCUGCGACAUGAACCUCCUGCUCUGAUGAAUGAAAUGUAUUCUUUGGUUGUGACUGUUCAGUCCCAUGAAAAGACUCAAAUCAGGGAUGUGAAGCUCACUGCUGGUUUAAAGCCAGGACAGGAUGCCAACUUAACCCAGAAAACUCAUGUGACUCUUCAUGGAACAGAACUAUGUGAUGAGUCCUACCCAGCUUUACUCACUGACAUUCCUGUUGGAGACUUAUAUCCAGGAGAACAGCUGGAGAAAACAUUAUAUAUUCGCUGUGGAACAGUGGGCUCAAGAAUGUUUCUUGUAUAUGUUUCUUACCUGAUCAAUACAACUGUUGAAGAAAAAGAAAUUGUUUGCAAGUGUCACAAGGAUGAAACUGUAACUAUAGAAACAGUCUUUCCAUUUGAUGUUGCAGUUAAGUUUGUUUCCACAAAGUUUGAGCACCUGGAAAGGGUCUAUGCUGACAUUCCCUUUCUGCUCAUGACGGACCUCUUAAGUGCCUCACCCUGGGCCCUCACAGUUGUUUCCAGUGAGCUGAAGCUUGCUUCAUCGAUGACUUCAGUGGAUCAGCUGGAGUCCCAACUGGACAAAGUUGUCUUACAGACCGGAGAGAGUGCUAGUGAAUGCUUUUGUCUUCGAUGCCCAUCUGUUGGAAAUGUUGAAGGUGGAGUAGCAACUGGACAUUACAUUAUCUCCUGGAAAAGGACUUCAGCCAUGGAAAACAUCCCUGUCAUCAGUACUGUCAUCACGCUGCCACAUGUGAUUGUAGAGAAUGUUCCUCUCCAUGUGAGCGCAGAUCUACCGUCAUUUGGGCGUGUCAGAGAAUCAUUACCUGUCAAGUAUCACCUACAGAAUAAGACCGACUUAGUUCAAGAUGUGGAGAUUUCCGUGGAACCCAGUGAUGCCUUCAUGUUCUCAGGUCUCAAACAGAUUCGAUUACGCAUUCUACCUGGCACCGAACAGGAAAUGUUAUACAAUUUCUAUCCUCUAAUGGCAGGAUAUCAGCAACUACCGUAUCUCAACAUCAACCUACUUAGAUUUCCUAACUUCACAAAUCAACUGCUCAAACGUUUUAUACCUACCAGUAUUUUUGUAAAGCCACAGGGUCGACUCAUGGAUGAUGCCUCUAUUGCUGCAGCGUGAUGAUCAAGACCAGAAGACUUGUUCUUACAGAGGACUCAGGCAGAGCUAACACAGGUGUCUUACAAUGACCUGUAGCUUGGAUCAUGGUAAAAAAAAAAAUCAUCUUUUCUAUUUUUUAAUGGAUGUCAUAUCAACUAUUCAGAGGAAUUAUUGCUGAAAAUAUUAGGAAAAUCACCCUGUCUUAUAGUUUUACUAAUAAAAAUUUGAAAUCUUUGUCAGUGUGAUGUGAAAGGGUGUCAGACAAUUGUUACUGUGGAAAGUCAUUUUAUGAACAGUAAAUUCUUAAUGUAAAGUAAGUGAUUUGUCUGUGCAAUAUCAGUGGUAAGAUAGGCAUCCUAAAUAUGACCAGACAGAGAAGAGAGUACAUGCAGUCUCUGUACCAGGAAAGUAUUGAAUCCCUGGUGAGUGUCCUAAGAGUUGGCCAGUCUAAAGAGAACCCAUCCUAAUUGCCUCUCAUGAUCAGAGAGCAGUGUAUACUGCUGUGUGACUGACAUAGGAAAUCUCCAGACAGUUUUAAUGAAAGCAGUUUAAAAGACGUCAAAAUGUUUUUAUUGAUCAAAAAGUGUGAGAGAGCUGUUGUAAGCGGCUCAUCGAGAGUUGAACUUCAUUGUAGCCUUGUUGGGUUUAUGGAAAAGGAAGAAAGCCACAGGACUGCUCAUUCACUCUUGGGAAGAUCUUGUUGAUUCUGCACAAGCAAAAAUGACCAGUCCACCCUCAGUCGACCGAAUGCUGUGUGACAGCCCUUCUCCACAGCAGGGGUGGAACGCUCUUGUUUCUCCGCAGAGUUCACAGAUGCAUUGCAGUUUUGGAAUCAGCAUAUAGAUUCCAAGUCCUGUUUGUAUAUAACCUUAUUCUUUGACUUUUGAAAAGUUAAUUUUUAUUUCUAUAUUUAAAGUUCUUGUAUUAGUCAGUGAUUCAUGUUCAGCAUUAUUUGAACCAUUUGCUAUUACAGAAAGAAAAAUACUUAAUUUGUAUUUAAUAAAACUGGUGUAGGAAAAAAAAAGUUUGAGAGAGGGUAUCAUUUAUGAAGUAGGUUCUUCUUUCUGAAAGAAUCUGAACUGCAAAGGCCUGAUAAUAGCAGCAUGAGUCCUAAACUUCCUGACAGUGACUCAGGUCUGAAUAACAGCUUUUUAGUUCCAUGGAGUGGUUUCAAAAGAACUAUUUGGAAUUCUUGAAAUUAAUGUAAAUAAAAAAGUUAGAGUAUUAUUUUCUUUGUUAAAAUAUCUGAGUAAGUUUUAACUACCUAAUUUCUUAGAAAAUUUUAUUAUUUAAAAAGUGUAUUGUAAAAAGGAAAUAGUAAAUAAAUAUGUUCUCUCAACUACA